GGGUUUAAGUAUGAGUGCUUUUAAUUGAGAAAUAUUAGAACAAACCCCCAAAUUAGUCCUGAAAAAUAAGUGGGUUUUUAAGGCUCCAUUUCACUUAACCGAUUUGCACAUGUGGCAUGUUAACUUGUUUACAUAGUACUUACUUGGCCCUUAUUAUUUUCCCACGUAUAUUGGGCACUCAUGCUACCUGCCUUUCUCUUUGAUGGACUUCUCUUCCUUGAUACCCGAGAUCUCAUCAUUUCCACCGAAGGAAACUAUUUCAAAUUCUUUCCAAUAUCAAAAUUAUAUGUGGAAAAAGUAUAUGGGCCCAAUGAGUACCAACUAAGCUAGUUAAUUUGCACGUGUAGAUCCAUUAGUGUCACAAAUCCCACUUGACAAAAGGACUAAUGUGUCUUUCGGUUGCACUCUUCGAGGAUCUUGUAUACUACUUUUUGAGUGUGUCUUGCAGUGUUCUUUUUACGGACUAAUUUGGGGUUAAUUCAAAAAUAUUAUUUACUUUUGAAAUGCAUACUAUUUUUAUCUUGAUCUGCUUGAAAGAAGACAAUGUGGUCCUCUUUUUUUGUGCUUUUGCAUGUAAUUCUCUGCUGACAUGUGACUUGCUACAUAAUCUUCCUUAAACAGAGGCUGGUUGUCUAUUACCUAGCUUGCAUGACAAUAUGACAUGAAUUCUGGGAUUUGCUUCCUUUGUGAUUUGAAUGACAAUAUUCCAGCUACCUGGCCUUCUACGUAUAUGAAGAAACAAGUAUCAAUUGUAUGGUUAUUCUUCCCACAGUAUGUGCAAACUCUUUGGGAAUUCUGAGAGUUCUGAGAAUAGUUCUGGUUAUACUUUCCACCUCUUCCUCUGCCACCACUUCUCCCUUGAGAACCUCUUCCUUAAGAAGAAUUAGAAUUUCUAAACUGUGAAUUAUUUCCUGAAUUCUGAGUUUGUGCCAAAUAACAUGAACCAUUUUUUCAUUAACAACAAGAGCUCUUGUUUCUAAAGCAGAAUCAGAAACCACAUGUUGAUGUAAUUGUCUUUCUUGCUGAACAACUAGGGGAAAAGUCUUGUUCAUAGAAGGAAGGGGUUCCAUAAGCAUGAUUUGGGAUUUCAAGUGUGCAUACUGAUCAUUAAAGAAGUAAUGACAGAAGUAAUGAGGAACCGAAUGGCUGUAACUGUUCCUGUUGGCAGUGAUUUGUCUAUCAGAAGAUCAGGGUUUAAGGCAUCUAACUUCAACUUUUGGGAUAACUCAUGGGCACCGGUGUUUACUUUGGACUUGAAAGCAAACAGCUCCUGUGUAAGAAGUCGUCAGGUGAUAUGCAUGUCAGUGCCAGUGCAACAAGCGAGUGUACCCAAAGUGAUUGUCUCCCCAUUAGAAUUGGAAGCUGCUUCAGAGCCUCCAUUGAACUUGCACAAGCCUAAACAACCAUAUACAACAAUUGUUUCUGUUGAGAGAAUAGUGGGACCAAAGGCUCCAGGGGAAACUUGUCAUAUUGUGAUUGAUCAUGGUGGAAAUGUUCCCUACUGGGAAGGACAGAGCUAUGGUUUUAUUCCACCAGGUGAAAAUCCGAAGAAACCUGGGAGUCCCUAUAAUGUUCGACUAUAUUCUAUUGACUAUAUUCUAUUGCAUCCACAAGAUAUAGAGAUUCUUUUGAUGGCAAAAUAGCCAGCUUGUGUGUGUGUCGUGCUGUUUAUUACGAUCCUGAGACAUGAUAGGAAGAUCCUUCUAAGAAUGGCGUUUGUAGCAACUUCUUGUGUAACUCCAAGCCUGGAGACUAAGUUCAGAUCACACGUAAAAUCAAACACUUUUUAGGCCAUUGCUGCUUGACAUGAUUUCUGAUUUCUUUUCACUACUCAAAAUUCACGUUCAUACAAAUUAAUGAUUUGGUGAGUCUUGCUUAAUUGAGCGAAUUUCUAA